CAGGAAUCUACGAUAUUAAAUACAGCUAUAUUAACUGGUAAUAAACAGACGUUCCCGUUAAAAAUCUAUUCUGUAGAUAAAGAAGGUAGUUUACAAGAUGUCACCUAUAAAACUGUCUGUCAUUCUGCUGAUAUAGAGGUCAUCAAGGUGGCUCCAGAUUGUUCUGAAGUAUAUCUAGAUGGUGAUGAGACACAAGGAUCUCAUAAUGUAACUAUUAUCACCAAGACUGGUUACUAUACCUCAUUCUUACAUCUUAAAGUCUGGAUACCAGAGAACAGACUGGAUAUACAGCUCUCAGAUUAUAAACUUAAUCCAAUCAAAAAAUGGAAAGUUCCCAAUUUGGAGAAGAAGAAAAAAAGAAGGUAA